GAGUGGUGUGGUACGGUGUGGUGGUGAAGUUUGUCCAGUGUUGAGACCAGAGACCGUCGUGUGUGUGUGAGUGAGUGUGUGUUUUGUGGGGGAGCGGGCUUCGUGCCGUCUUGCGUGCUUGUGCUAGGCGUGGUGCAGACCGGAUCGGAGGGAAGUGCCUCUGUGAGUGUGGGCCGAGUGGUCGUGCGAGAGUGCGUGAGUGCGAGUCGCUGUGGGAUGCAGCUGAGGUGACGUCGGUCGUCGUGCUUGUGUCGAACGACGUUGAGUAAUUUUUGCAAAAGUUACGACCGCGGUUGUGAUCCGUUUGCAAGACGAAAAAGCGCCCAACGCGGGCGAGAACAGUCGGGGUUGAAAGAAGACCAAACUACAGAAACGAACCCGAUGGAUCGACGGCUGUGGUGGGGCGGCGCCGCGACGCUGCUGGUGACGGUGUUUCUGGCACUUCUGGCAGCACCUGAAGCGAACGCUCAGAACCCCUGCCUGGGCAAACUCAACUGCUCCGACUGCAUUCGCACGCCCACAUGUUCCUGGUGCUCCAAAUCGGGACUGGAAGAUUCCAAGCGCUGUUUCCAGUCUAAUCGAAAGUUGGGCUGCCCCGAACGCCACAUCCACAACCCCAGCAUCCAGUACCGCAAGAUCCUCGCCCAGGAGCUGUCGCGGGGUCGCGUGGCGGGCGCAGCGGCCGGCGCGGCGGGGGCCGCUGGCGGCAAGGGCGGUGCUUCCGUCUCGACCUCGUCUUCCUCUUCUUCAUCUUCAUCGUCCUCGUGGUCUUCGUCGUCAUCGUCUUCUUCCUCUUCUCGAAGAAAAAUCGUGCAAAUCUACCCGCAGCGCGUGGGUCUUAAGUUACGCAUCAAUGAAGCAUAUCGUAUCAAAUUUGAAUAUGCACAAGCAGAAGAUUAUCCAGUUGACUUGUAUUAUUUGAUGGAUCUCUCUAAAUCUAUGGAAGAUGAUAAGGAUAAAUUGUCAACGCUUGGUGACCUCCUUGUUGCAAGCAUGCGAAAUGUAACAUCAAACUUUCGAUUAGGUUUUGGAUCUUUUGUGGACAAGAUUGUGAUGCCUUAUGUGUCCACGGUACCUAAAAACUUGGAAGAACCUUGCCCAGGCUGUGCCGCUCCUUAUGGCUUCCAGAAUGCCAUGCCUCUUAGUGAGGAUGCAGGUGAAUUUGCUGGCAAGGUGAAAAAUGCUGCUGUGUCAGGCAACUUGGAUGCUCCGGAGGGUGGCUUUGAUGCCAUUAUGCAAGCGAUUGUGUGUAGGGAUGAGAUUGGCUGGCGUAACCAAGCACGGCGUCUUCUUGUUUUCUCUACUGAUGCUGGAUUCCAUUAUGCUGGUGAUGGCAAGCUUGGUGGAAUUGUAAAGCCGAAUGAUGGUGAAUGCCAUUUGGAUGGGAGAGGUCUGUACACCCAUUCCACACUUCAAGACUAUCCUUCUAUCUCACAGAUAAAUCUGAAGGUGAAAGAGAAUUCAAUAAAUGUGAUUUUUGCUGUCACGGGAGAACAAAUAGGCAUUUAUGAACGACUUAAGGAUCAUGUGGAAGGAUCUUCUGCAGGAAAACUGUCCAAUGAUUCUUCCAAUGUUGUUGACCUCGUCCGUGAACAGUACGAGAAAAUUACAUCUUCUGUUGAAAUGCGUGAUAACGCAACAAGUUCAAUAGUUCGACUGCGUUACUUCACAAGUGGCAUUGAGGGCAAGGGCGAUAAUAUUAUGAGAGAAAAUCACACAUGUGAAGGCCUGAAAGUGGGCUCUAAAGUGAAUUUUGAGGUAGAAUUUCUAGCGAAACAGUGUCCUCGCAAUCGUGCUGACUGGAAACAGACAAUUCAGAUUUAUCCUGUAGGAAUUGAUGAAUCACUCAUUGUUGACUUGGAACUGCUGUGUGAUUGUCAAUGUGAGCGUGAGAACCAUUCAGAAUUUGAAAAGAAAUCAGAAUACUGCAAUAAGGCAGGUGACUUGGUAUGUGGUGUAUGCCAAUGUGAUGAGCAGCACUUUGGUCCAAGAUGUGAAUGUGACAGUCAUGGUGAAGGAAAAGAACUUGAUGGAGUUAAUCUAUGUCGCAAAGAUAACACAUCUUUAGUGGACUGUUCAGGUCGGGGUAGUUGUAUUUGUGGUCAAUGCCAUUGUGAUGCAAAAACAAAUCCUGAAGAGAAAGUAUGGGGUCGCUUCUGUGAAUGUGAUAAUUUCUCUUGCAACUAUGGUGGUGGGGAGAUUUGUUCAGGUUCAAGUCAUGGUGUUUGUGAUUGUGGAAAAUGCCUCUGUGAACCAGGAUGGAGUGGCGAUGCAUGUGAAUGCAGUACAGUAAACACUACUUGCAUUGGACCCAAGUCUACUGACAUAUGCAGUGGUCGUGGUGUGUGUAAAUGUGGCAAAUGUUUAUGUGAUUUGGCUAACGAUGAUGGUGAUGAACGGUACGGUGGAGAAUACUGUGAACGUGUUCCACUAACAGCUACUCACUGCUCAGAAUAUCAAGCUUGUGUGCAGUGCCAGAUGUAUCAGAAGGGUGAAUUCAAUGAAGAAGAAUGUGCUGCCAAUUGUACCGCUUUUGUUCCACUUCCUGUUGACUACGUUGAAGCCAAUGAAGAGGAGGGAGAAGUAAUGUGCAUCUAUUUUGAUGAUGAAGGAUGCCGUUACAAGUUUGUGUACCUGUAUAAUGGUACUGACGUUGUUAUUAGAGCUCAAGAAAAGUUGGAGUGUCCUCCAGUUGUGCAUUUCCUUGGUAUCAUCUUUCUUGUGGUUGGUGCCAUAGUGCUCAUUGGUCUGAUUCUUUUAUUGUUAUGGAAACUUCUUACAACAAUUCAUGAUCGAAGAGAAUUUGCAAAAUUUGAAAAGGAACGAAUGUUAGCAAAAUGGGACACUGGUGAAAAUCCCAUAUACAAACAAGCUACAUCAACCUUCAAAAAUCCUACUUAUGCUGGCAAGUGAACAAGAUGCAACAGUGAUAUUCAACAAAUUAUGUGAGGAUGCCCCUUCAAGAUCAGCAAAGUGUGUGAAUCAUUGAAGCAAACCGCAGCAAUGCAGCAAAUAAUUUUAGCAUUUGUUUGUGAAACUAGAGGUGCUAAUUAUUCACACAAGUAUUGUGAUGAAGUUCAUAUUGAUUUUAUUAUGUCUGAGAACUCGUCAAACAAUUUAAUACAUCAGAAAUAAAUCCAAGGUGUCAUAACUCGUGUGAAUUAUGACAGUUUCAUCAAACAAUUUUUCAGUUCAGGGAGAUAAAACCUAUUCAUUACUUUGAAGAAAAAACAAACUACUUACUCACUAUAAUAUCAUUUGUGCCAAGUGCCUUGUCAUAUGCACAUCACAGAGACAGUUGUGCUCUUUUAUGAAUAUCAAAAGAAAUGAGGAGUGACUAAGUUUUAGUUUAAUUUCUGUAGUUUACAGAGGUGUGAUAAACUAGUUUUUCAAAUAUCUAAUCAUGAAAGUGUGUUGUCCUAAAUUACAUGAUCAUUAAUUUAUUUUUCAUGUAAAUAUUUUAAAAUGAUUUUCAAGGUAUUAUGAGUGAUAAAAGGCGAAUAUUUACUUGUAUCAUAUUGUAUGACAAUCCAAACUGUCGUUGUAGAUUGUACUGCCAAACUUUCACUUUUUUUUAUUGUACAGUGUGAAAUUGAUGCCCUUUGCUAUGUGAUGAUAAUAUGUAAUUUAGUAGUUUAAAUUAACUAUUUCUUGUUUAUGUAAUACUUGCUGAAAAUUAAUUAUUUGAAAUAUCCCAAAUUCAAAACUCUUGACUUCACCCUGAAUUGGAUCAUACAAAGGUUUAGUAUUAUUGUGUGGAAAUCUUGUCAAAUCAAAUUCAGAUUUAUUGAAAAUCUGAAGGAAUUGAAUAAUUUUGAUUUGAUUUGAUUGUUGAUUUUGUUUUCAAUUCUUUCUUCUAUUUGAGUGUAUGUAGAACUGACUUAAUGUGAGAAUGUAUUUUUAACAUCAGUGUGAAAUACAUACAUGUUUAAUAUUUGUGUACAGUUCAAUCCUAAUGUUGAUUCAGGGGCAGUACAUUGUUGUGCUCUUUAAGUUUAGAAAUAUUUUUGCAAAAAGCUCUUAAAGAGAAACAGAACUAUUAUUGCUACAUUUAUUAAUUUUAGUAAUGUAUUUCUUCCUCAUACAUGUAAAAUAUGUGGUGUAACAGCAAAAUUUUAAUGUAAAAAUUAUAUUCUGAAUUAGAAAGUUGUGUAGUUGUGUAUGCUUGUGUGUAAAUGAUGUAUGUAAUGAGGAAUUUUUUUAACUGCAAAAAUCUCCUGAUAUGCUCGCUGUCACCAACUUGCAGACAAAUUUUGUUUCCCAGAUUUUAAAUUUGUACAUAAAUCAUGGUGACAGAGGACAUCAUAUCUUUUGUAACUUAUAACAAAUAUAAAGAUAAAGCAUUCUUACUUAUUUGUAUUAAGAAUUCAAUAGCAUUUGUACCAAUCAGUCAUAAGUCAUGACAUGGUGUCCAAUUUUCAAACUGUGUAAUAUUUAUUACAAUGUUAAAAUGAUGAGGCUGCAUUUUAAAAUUGCUGUAUUGUAGUACCUUUGAAACUUUUCAACAUUUCAUUUUUAAAAUGAAAAUUACUCUCUAAUCUGCUUUGUUUUAUAAGCUCCCAUUAAAUAAUGUUUUUAUACAAUUAUCUAUUUAUAAACUUUCUGCUUUUUUAAGAGACAUGGCCUCUAGGAAAUAAAUAUUAGACAUUUUUUGAUAAAAAAACAUUUAUAAUGAAAUGUCUUAUCUCAAGAGUUUGUAUUUUAAUUUAAAGACUACUAAUUUAUUCACCAAUUUGUAUGUAGAAAUGAGUUAUUUGUUGUGAAAAUUUGUGUAGCAAAUGGAUAUAUUUUAAAAUUUUUGUUCCACGUUGAGUUGUACAUUUGCAGUUUUACAAAAUUUUGUUUGGUCUUCAUUAUCAAAUUAAUCGUGGAAUUGUAAAAAUUAGUUUACGUGAACAAUUAAUUUUUAAAAAUUCUUCAUGCAAAUUAUCCAAGGAUUUUAUAACAGUUAAAUAAGUUCACAGUUCACCGUCUAAAUAAAUAAUUAAAUACACAGUUUGUGUCAAUAAUUUAUUUCAGUUCUUUUACCUGUUUCAUUGAAUUUCUUAAUAAUUGAUGACAAGUUUUUUAAAUUUAUAUUUUAUUUUUAAUAUUUAUUGUUAUUGAACGUUUUGAUCUUCUUGGAGGAAAAAGGAGAUCACCAUUAUCCCCCUCUCACUGUUUCCACCAUCUGAUCAAUCUCCAAAUCUGUAAUAACAAAAAUUAAAUUAUUAAUCUUCAGUGGUGGCAUAAAAAAAUGUGGAAAUUGAAUAAGGGUGGAAAAGAAGAAAUUCUGCUAUGACAAUUUAUUUCAUAUGUUAUGGUUGCACAUGCAUGUUUGUAAUGAAUUAGUCAAUAUUUUCCAAUAAUCUUUAAACAUCCAGUUGGCUAUUGGUAUGGUUUUUCCAUUUACUGUUCACCAAACCUUGGAAAUAACUGCUUUUUUAUGAAUAUAGAAUAUUUAACAAUUAUUAGAAAAUAUGAUGAAAAUUUUUACUUCUGUAAGUUCAUUACUUGCUGAAAUAUUAU